AUGGAUGAAAUUGAACGCGAUGACACAUCUUUUGAUAUUUUGGAAGAAGAAGGACAGCCGGGCUGGUAUGAGAAGAUAUUGGCACUGGUAAGAAAUUAAUAAUUAUUUGAACUAAAAUAUCAGGAUGCGCGGAUUUAAUUGUUUUUAUACACAUUCCCAAGAUUCUGAAGUUAAAUGGGGGCCGGGACUCAAGGACCGACUUUACGCGGAUAAUUACUGUAUGUUAUUUGUUAACUAGAUUAACAUUCGGCCGAAUGUUUAGAUCUAUAUGUAGUGCGGCCAAACAGGGGGAGCACGAAUUUGUGAGAAAUUUACAGAUAUACGUCUCACAUUAAUUUUCUAUAUAGGUAUUAAAUAAUCGCUUAAAAUUUGAAUUUUGUUUUACUUCAAUACUGAUCAUACAAUAAGUAUGUUUUGCAAUUUCGGCAUAAGCGCUUCGGACCGACUCGAACGGAUUUCGAAAUGAUAGUUUGAUUUUACAAUAUAAAACCGACAUCAUUCGCGAAUGUUACUGAGACAUGUGUACCAAUUCACCUUUCCACCAAUAUUCCCCCCAUCAUGACAAAUUUGCAUUUGAAAUGGAAAGCAUUAUUGACGAUUUUAAUCAUGUAUUAUAUUUUAAUGUUGUUUGCAUAAUAAGAGUAAUUAAAAUUGUAGUCUUCAAAUACUCAGCAUUCAAGCAGGAAACUUCUAAGUGGGAAAAUGAAGUGCUUUUGUAAUUGACUGAGAGAACAGCUUGUGCAUGCUGGGAAUUUGCCUAUAUGUGAGACUCGUGGAUUGCGAGGUUGUGUAAUAGCAAUGCCCAAGCGAAGUUAGGCAUCGCUUUGUAUUCGCUGUGUGAGUUUGUUGAUAGGUUAGUUUGUUCGGAAUCACGAGUCUUUGUAUUUAUCCAAUAAAAUGUAUUUGCGCUUGUGAUGGACUUCUUUUGCGCAUCGGCUCAUUGGCACCGCACUGUCGUACUCUAUAUCUGCAUGAGGAUAUAUAGGCUUUUACAUGUAUAUUCACACCUAUAUAUCUAACUCGCUUGAAUGUUCCAACAGAUAAAAUAUUAAGAAUAAUUUUUAAUUAGUUUGUGUAUUUCAAGGAAAGGGAAUACUUCAAUUAUAUAAUUAUAUAUACAUGUAUAAUGAGAAAUUAUACUCAUACAUUAUAAUUUACGGAUUACAAAGAAACAUUUCUUUGCUAAUAAUAUACAUGAAAAAAUGGACCCAUUUGCAUUAUAGAUUACUGUUGAUCUACACAAAAAUUUCAUCACAGCUUGAAAGAGCAUCACAAAAUUAGUAAUAUUCCAGAGUUUCGAUGCCAAGUGUAAGUUGUAAAAUGUGGAUAAUAUAGCCUUGCGAAGUUUUCCGUUUUUCAGUCAUUUAGUAUUACGCACGGAAAUUGACAGCCCAAUCGGGUGUUGGGGCAUCGCUUUCCUGUUUGUAAUACAAAAUGACUGAAAAUUGCAAGUUUCGCAAGGCUAUAUAUUAUCCGCAUUUUACAACAUUUCCUAACGAAACUAUGGAAUAUUACUAAUGCGGUUGUGAUGCUCUUUCAUGCAAGCUGUGAUGAAAUAUUUCUCUAGACUUGUUGAGAUCAAAAUUUUGUCUAUAAUGCAAAUGGUCCAUUUCGAUCGGCUAAGAGCAGAGCUGUGCUGAGUGGUGAUAUUACUACCUUAAAAAAUAAGCAGAAACUCGACGUUUCGAGCGAAGGCCCUUCGUCAAGAGUUAGUAGCAGGGAUCGGGGAAAAUGCACGGGCUUUUAUACUAAGAGUAUGAAAGCAUCACGUGACAAAUAAAUAAACCAAUUAGAUGGAUUUAAUAAUAACAAAGUGCAAACAAAAUAUGUAAAUCGCAUUACAGAAUAUAAUAUUAAAAAUAUAAAAAUAAAUAGGAAGUUAAGACAAUUACUACAAAAAAUAAUAAAAAAAAACACGAGUGGGAAUAAGGUAAAAGUAAAAGUAAUAAAUAGAAGUUGUCAAUGUCUGCUAUAGACAGGCAAAGAUAGAUGGCAUCAUAGACAAAACAGAAGACAUGUCUUCUGGAUUGUCUAUGAUGGCAUUAAACAUAAGAAAAGCGUUCAUUAAUGCCAGAAAGGUGAACAGUGCCAAGUUUGGAUAUGAGGCGCAUUUCAUGUCGUUUGCGGCUAUCGUUGCUUCCAGAAAUGGGACAGAGGGCUCGAAUUAACAUAUCUGAAACACUUCGCUCGAAACGUAGAGUUUCUGCUAGUAAUAUAACCACUCAGCACAGCAUUUUUACAUUGGUACUACCUACACUGGUACAGACAGUUUUAGUAUAAGAGCAGAGCAAAUUUUUUGAAAUACAGUAUACAGUACCAAAUUAAAGAAAUUAAAAUAUAAAACAAUAACAAAGAUAGCCAAUAAAAUACAGCAAUUUCCAGCAGAAAUAGUAAAAGAAAACUACGUUUACGAGCUUUUAGGAGUGAAAAAAAUGUCUAGUGGGUUUUUUUUGGAAAAACUGAAUGCCUGCUGUUAAUUUUUCCUGUAUGAGCUUAUUAUUAAUAAGUAAUACUAUAGUUUCUCGUGCAAUUGAAAAAACAUACUCUUGUGAGUUCUUCAAAGAUUUUAAAUUGCACUCGUUUUUCGGACUUGUGCAAUUUUGAUAAACUUUGAAAAACUCACUCGUGCAUGUUUUUCCCAAAUUGCAUUUGACAACAUGCUAUUACUUAUACUAAUCACUCGGAAAUAUAGAACAGUUAGUGCAGUUAUCGUAUACUUUGUACACUUUUAAAUUGAUAAUAAAUGUCCAUAAGUAUCUUGAGCGCGAUUACGAAUUUGCAUAUAUUUUUUGUUUCACGCGUUAAGAUGUUAUAAUGUUGUAGAUUAUCAGUGGAGGAUUCUAAAUAAUUAUUAAUUUCAAGGGAGAAAAAAUGCAAAAAGAAGGCAAAGGGGACGAACAAGGUUUUGGCAGAUGUGGCAAUUUCAGUAAAAGAACAGAAAUUAAUUCUGGUUGGGAAAAACGGGCAAAAUGUGAGUAAAUUAUGAAGUAAAUUGCUGGAACCACUUAGUAUUUUAAUUAAUACAAUACAAUAGUAAGUCCAAAAAGGGUAAACAUUUUGAAAAGCUAGUAUUUAUUCAACGUUCGACUAGAUGUUAGUCAUCAUAAAGAAGGAUGGAAUUAUUAUAUAUCAUAAGUACACACCAGCAUGAGCUCCACCUUUGAAUUUACUAUACAAGUAAAAUGUUAAAUUAAACACGUCCGAAUUUAUCAAUAGGAUGAAUUCGCGGCACCUAAUCCCUAACACUAACCCGAAUCCUAACCCUAACUCCGACCCUAACCCAUAACUCUAACCAUAAUCUAACUAUUUUAAACUUUUUUUUGAAAUCUAACUUUAUAAUUUUUUUACUUUUGUUAACUUUUUUUACUUUUUUAAACUUUUUUUACCUUUAUAAAAUUUUUUUUCAAGAUUUGUAGAAGCGGAUGAAAGUUUUAAAUUAAUCCUAUUUACAAAGCAUGCAAAGCAAUUAUUUUGUUACGUGAUAAAUUGACAUGACGCGGAAAUAAAAUAAUAAUAAUAAUAUUUAAUAAUAAUUAUUAUUAAUAAGAAUUGAUAAUAAUAAUACUAAUUAAUAUAAAUGAUUAAUAGUUAUUAAUAAUAAGUAUUAACAUUAAUAAUUAAUAAUAGUUAUUAAUAAUUAAUAAUAAUAAUAAUUUUUCACUUACACAAAAUAUUCAACCACAACACACACUGUUAAAAUAAGCUACAGUUGCAUGCCCAAUCUUAACAAACCAUCGACGGACACAACAAGGCGAAGUGUUGAAAUCAGUAGAUUACAUAGUCGGUCAUUUUUAGUAAAUUCUUGGUACAGACCGCCUAAUUCUGAAUCUUGUUGAUUUGACGAAUAUGAAAUUUUUCUCCAGAAAUGUGAUUUGGAAAACAAAGAAUUAAUAAUUAUGGGAGAUGUAAAUUGUGACUUUUUAAAAUGUCCCCCCGAUGCCCAUACUCGUAAAUUACAAUUUCUGUCCUCACUUUAUCAGUUUGACCAGUUAAUAAAUUAGCCUACAAGGGUAACAGGAACAUCAGCGACCGGGAUAGAUCUAAUUUUCACAAACAGAGCUGGAAACAUUUUGAAUUCCGGUAUCGUUCACGUUGGAAUAUCUGAUCAUAGUUUAAUUUUUGCCGUCAGAAAAUUUCGUGUUGAUAAAUCUAAAAAAAAUACAAGAUAUUUUCGUAAUUUUAAACGGUUUAGCUCCAAUGACUUCUUAACUGACCUCUCACAGGUGCAGUGGGAGACUGUGGCUUAGUAUGAGAAUCCAAAUAUGUGCUGGAAAAUUUGGAGUUAUCUUUUCCUGCAGGUCUUGAUCGUCAUGCACCUCUUCGAUGCAUGAGGGUCCGGGGAAAUUCCAUUCCCUGGAUGUCCUCGAAUAUCAGGGGCCUGAUGAGGCUAAGAGACCUUCAUAAAGGGAGAGCUGUUAAAUAUAAUGCCCAAAAUCAUUGGAUAAAAUACAAAGAACUUCGAAAUAAAGUUAACUCAGAAUUCGUAAAGCCAAAACAAUGUUUUUCUGCAACAAAUUUAAGGAAUGUGGGCAGUCUAAAGAUCCAGGACAGAGUUGGAAACUUAUUAAUGAUCUUUUGGGUAAAAAUAGGAAAUUGAAUAAUAUUUCCCAGCUGAAAAUUGAUGAUGUAACAAAUAUUUCUGAUGAUAUAUUGUUAGCCAAGACUUUCAACAAAUUGAAUAUGAGUCCAUGAAUGCGAACACGUGUAACAGUGCAAAUUAUUAUCAAAAUCCUCGUCAAGACAUUUUAUUCAAUUUCUCUGAAAUCCACCCUGAUGAAGUAAUUCAUCAGUUAGCUAAUCUAAAAAUAUCAAAAUCGACAGGCAUCGAUUACGUACAUUCCAGCAAAGGCUCUUAAAAUAGCUGCAAAUAUUAUUGGACCAUCUUUAACAUGGAUAUUUAAUCUUUCCAAUCUAUAAAUCUGGCAAUGCGAAAAUUAUCGCCCAAUUUCGAUUCUACCUAUCAUUAGUAAAAUACUUGAGAGAUCUGUUUUCAAUCAGAUAUAUAAAUUUCUUAAUGAUAAUUCUCUUCUUUCUAAAUACCAGUCAGGCUUUCCGCCAAAGAACUCGACCCUUACCGCACUUAUUCAGAUGUGUGAUACAUUAUAUGAAAACAUGGACAAUGGUCAACUGAAUGGGGUCGUUUGCCUCGAUAUCCGGAAUAAUUGUAAAUUAUAUAAUACACACUCUAGAACAUUUUCAACUUAAUAUAUAUAUAUAUAUAUAUAUAUAUAUAUAUAUAUAUAUAUAUAUAUAUAUAUAUAUAUAUAUAUAUAUAUAUAUAUAUAUAAGAUUUGGUUUCGUUGGUUAUAAAAACUUUUGGCAAAGUGCUCAAUGGAAAACAAGAGCAUAUUUAAAUUAAGGUACAACAAAUCAACAAAAUCCACUAGGCAUCUUUAUUACUAAAUAGUUUCGUACAACAGUAUGUGACACUCUUCAGAUAAAUUAACCUAAUAACUAUAUAGAUAAAACAAUUUGGAUGCCGGAUACAAACCAUUUCAAGAUUUACUGUAGUCACAGAAUAAAGAUCCAUGCAGAAGGGCCACUUACGUCGGGAGCUUUAAAGUUUCUGUCCUCGCGCAUGUCGCAUUACGCAUGUUGGCCGCCAUUUUGCUAGCCAGUCGAUGACAUUUUCUGGCCAGUAAGCACGCUGUACUGGCUGGCUGCUCCGCCUUCUGGACAGUAAACUACAUAUUUCAACAUAAAAAAACGAGGACAUCUUGCACCGCUGGGUGGCAUUUCUGUUACUGAUCUUUAUUCGGAGCUAUAGUUGUGUGCAAAUUAACUUGUAAGAUUUUCGUCCCUCUUAUAAAACUUUCCACUACAUAGUAUGUAUUAGAUCUUUCCAAUCAAAUUCCUAUUUUUAAUAACAAUACCGCAUAUGGACACUUAAUAAAAUUAUGCAUAUGUUUACGCACGUUUAUUAAUAGACUAAAGUUACCAUUAACUGAUGUAAAUUAAAUUAAGAAAUUCUGACAGUAUAUAUGUCAAAACUAAUGUUGCAUCAAUUUUCCAAUAAUAAUAAUUAGGCUUUACCAAUGUUAUUGUUAAUUAAUGAAGCUAAGAUAUACAAACAAGAAAUCCACAAGCCCAACAUAGUUCUCAUCCCACAAUUUUUAUACCAUGCAUAUAAAUUGUAUUGUUUUAGUUCCUUCGUUAGCUCAAACGAAAUUAUCAGAUGCUUUCAAUAAAAUUGGCCCAGAAGCGGAUGGGGCUAAAACUGGUUUAGCAAAAAUAAGUGAAAAAUGGAAUGAAAUACCAGCUGAUAAUAGAGGUGCCAUUGUCAAAGCCGUCCAGACCUCUGCCACACUGUUUGAAAAGUUUGCUAAAGCCGACGAAGAUCCGGUGGGGGCAGUAAGAGCAACCAUUGACAUAGUUGCCCAGUUCACGGCAUUAGCUGGACCAAAAGGUCAAAUCAUCUCAAUUGCUCUAAGCUUCGUAUCUGGGUUUCUUGCCCUUUUCGGGGUAGGGAAAUCAAAAAAGCAACAACCAGAUUUCAGUAAAAUUGUUCGAAAGGAAAUCGAUGCUGCCCUUAAUAAAUAUUACGACAAAGUUCUCAGUGAUGAAAUUGCUGGAACUCUUCAUAAUUUUGUCAUUUCUAAGGCAUAUGUAGAUAGUCUUUCUAAGUCUGGUGGGAAACUGACUGAACAUCAAGCCACCUCCCUUAAAGUGAAUGUUCCUUUAUGGAACGGUCUUACAUUACUCGGCAAACUUGAGCAUAGAAUUAAGGCAUUGUUGAAGGAAAACAAAAGAGAAACUGUGGAAAAACUUCUCAAAUAUAUUGAGUUGUACGCAAGGCUUGCUAUUCUCAAAGAUAUGAUUUUGUUGCAGUCCAUUGCCCUGCUUCCUGACCAACGUAAUCGAGCUGCAUUACUUUCAGCGCAAUUGGCGCUACGUAGGAAGCAAAAAUCACUCCUUCAAUUUCUCUUUAAUGCUAAAGUCGACAGUAAGCUGGCUGUUCGAUACUUUGAUCCUGAUACCUAUCCCGUCACUGAUAAGUACCUGAUUGCUUUACUCAAAGUCCCUGAUUUCGAUAGGUCACUGUCCGGUAAAUGGUGUAUGACGCAGAAAAUUCGGGGGUGGUCUAGCAGGGAUUAUCGGCUAGGGUUUUUUAUGAGGUAUAGGCAAUUAAUGAAAAGUGGUCACCCAUACGUUAUGAGUGGUGGUAUUACGUGUAUUUGGAAGGUUGUCCCUCACGGGAAUAACCUUUAUACCAUUGCCGUGACAUCAGGGUGUCCUAAAGGUCCUCGUUGUGGUCACUACAUGUCACAUGAUCUGAUUGGCUCAAACAAAAUGAGAGUUACAGUAGAACCUGACGCCGACUUCUGGGAAAUAACUGGAGAUAAGUUAAAACAGUAA